AAUAACUUAAACUACCUCAUACAAGCAGAGAGGGACAAAGAAACUACCUUUGUAGAAUACUUUCAUCGCUUCGUUGUUUUAAAGCAAAAACCAGAUUCUCUCUUCUCUUAUGAGAACAAGGAAACAAUGGCGCUAACUCCCUCUCCUUCUUCUUCUUAUCCAAAUCUUCUACAAUUCUCUGUUAAAUCUCCAUCUCCGUCCGUACAUUAUAUUCUCUUCGGCUCUCCAUGGUCAAACGCUUCUCCGUUUCUGCUUCAAAAGAGCGGAGUUCCUCUGCUUCCGGUCGUAGUGAAACCGUCUUACAGGAAGAUCAAGUGCUUCGCUAGAUCCUCAACGGAGGAGGACUGCUUGAACGAGCCGGAAACAUUGACCGCUGAGAAUGUUGGUGAAGAUGAUGAUGGUUUAGGGAGGGAAGAUCCGAAGUUGCAGCAAAGCCAGAGUUCUGUGGUUGCGACGCAGAGGAUCACUUCCUCUUCCAGUGAUUCUCUCUUGCUUGGAAUUCGUGAGCCUAUCUAUGAGGUGGUAGAGGUGAAGUCAAAUGGAGUAGUAUCUACAAGGAAGAUAAACAGACGUCAAUUAUUGAAAUCAAGUGGUCUUCGUCCUAGAGAUAUCCGGAGUGUUGAUCCAUCAUUGUUUUUGACUAACUCAGCGCCAUCUCUUCUGGUACGUGAGCAUGCCAUUCUACUUAAUCUGGGAUCAUUGCGAGCAAUAGCAAUGAAAGACUGUGUUCUUAUAUUCGACUAUAAUCGUAAAGGAGGAAAGGCUUUUAUGGACACAUUGUUGCCUCGGCUGAAUAACAUGAAUGGAGGGCAUUGUAUGCCAUUCGAGCUUGAGGUUGUUGAAGCAGCAUUGCUUUCACGAACACAGCGGUUGGAGCAGAGACUUAUGGAUUUAGAACCUCGUGUUCAAGCUCUGCUUGAGGUGUUGCCUAACAAAUUAACCGGUGACAUAUUAGAGCAACUUCGUAUUAGCAAGCAGACGCUGGUUGAAUUGGGUUCAAGAGCAGGGGCUCUUAGACAAAUGCUGCUUGAUCUUUUGGAGGAUCCCCAUGAAAUACGUCGUAUAUGUAUUAUGGGAAGAAACUGUACUCUUAAAAAGGGAAAUGAUGAAGUUGAAUGUUCUGUACCCUUAGAAAAGCUGAUUGCUGAAGAAGAGGAGGAAGAAAUUGAGAUGCUUUUGGAAAAUUAUCUUCAAAGAUGUGAAUCUUGCCAUGGUCAGGCAGAAAGGCUUCUUGACUCUGCAAAGGAAAUGGAAGAUUCAAUUGCUGUCAAUUUAAGCUCUCGGAGGCUUGAGGUAAGCAGAGUGGAACUACUUCUUCAGGUUGGGACAUUUUGUGUGGCAGUUGGUGCUCUAGUUGCAGGUAUAUUUGGCAUGAACUUGAAGUCCUAUCUGGAAGAACAUGUGUUUGCUUUCUGGCUAACCACAGCAGGGAUUAUUGUUGGUGCUGUUGUGGCAUUUUUUCUCAUGUACUCGUACCUCAGGACUAGAAAAAUUCUGUAAUUUAGGAGUUCAGGUGAAACUGACGGCAAACAAUUCUCGUCACCAAACCUGUAAUGGUAUUUCCAAAGUGCAUCACAUCAUGUGCUUUGAUUUGUUAUAAUUAUAGUGAUAGAUUGUUUUAUGUUAAGACUGCAGCAUUUUGAGCUCUUUGAAACCGUGGAGUGGUUGUUCCUUUAGUCCCCUUUCAACUUGCAAUGCUUUUUUCAGCAUGCAAAACAGGGGACAGGAGCAACGUUCCAUGUAUCCUCCCGAUGGAAAUGCCUUGGAAAUCAUAGAAGUAAUUUUUUUUUUUGGAAAUAAAUACAUAGGCUUAUAUUUGUUUCUUUGAUUAA